CCUACGAAUAUCUUCAUCGCGUUCGCCAUUCGUUCAUCUUCCUUCUCUGUCUCUCUCACGAAAGUUCUUCUUGGUUUCUUCGACGCAGGUUUCAUUUUUUUUUUUAAUUAAUGGCGCGUACCCUUGCAAUUGUUAUAUAUAUAUAUUCUCCUCCUUCGUCGUUUCCAACUCACUCAAAAAAUUUUCUUUUUAAUGCGUUCCAGUUCAUUCUUCAUGGCCGGCAACUACUCUUGUUUUCUCAGAUGGUCUAAUUUUUUAAUUCAUUCCGCUUAGAUCCCAAACCUUUCUCAUAAUCCCCUUUCAUUUACUCAAAAAAUAUCUGAUUUUGCUUCUGAUUAGUACUAAAAAAUCUCGCCUUUCUCUGCUUUCCACCGUUUUUCUCCGAUGGGCUGCGUGGGCUCCAGAGAGGCGCACUUAGAUCGCCGGCGAAGUCCGCCGUCGUAUUGCCGGAGCCUUUCCAUGCCGGUCGUCCAUGGCUCCCAACGCAAAGGCGACAGUCUCCACGUCGUCUCCCUCACGUUCUCCACUCUCGGCUCCCUCAGACUCGAUCAAAAUCAAGAUUCAUUCGAUCCGGAAAUCAUGAACACAAAUGAUCGCGAUCAGAAAGCCCCCAAAUCCAUCGCCGCCGCUGGUGAUGUUGAACAACCGGAGCCAGAAUCGGAGAUGAUCAACACCUGGGAGCUCAUGGAAGGUCUCGAUGAGUGCGAAAGUCCUCUGCCUCUCCAGCUAUCACAAGCCAACAGAUCCUUCUCCUUCGAAACAAUCCGAGCUUCGCCGGAACCACCUCCGGCGAUCUCCAAAUCAUUAGUAACCUCCGCAGCUGGCUCCCCAAAACCAUUAUGGAUAAAAACAGAUCAACUCGAUCCUGAAGUAAUCACCAUUUUCCAAAAAGCCAUGACAGAGCUAUCUCCACAACACCCCACCCUUCGCCAUCGCCUCUCUCCGGCGAAGUACAGGCCGGAAGAAAUCCCAAAAUUCCCCGGAAUCGUAAAAGCAAGAGUCGCCGAUUUCCAGCAGAAAAUUGACGCAAGAAGACGAAGUUUUAAGUCGAACACCAGCAUAAAAAUAUCACCUUUGAAAAAACCGCCGUCCGCCGGAAAGGGGAAAGUGGUUCUCUACUCCACCAGCCUCAGGGGAGUGAGGAAGACAUACGAAGAUUGUCUGAACGCUAAAGCUAUUCUUCAGAGCUAUGGAGUCCGAAUCGACGAAAGAGAUGUUUCAAUGCAUGGAGGUUUCAGGGAUGAAUUGAGUGAAAUUCUGGGCGCUGGAACUAAGCUCCCGAAGAUUUUUGCUGAUGGAAGAUAUCUGGGAGAAGCAGAGGAGGUGGAGAAGAUGCACGAGAGUGGAGAAUUGGGGGAAGCGUUGAAGGGUUGUGAGAUGGCGAAUGGUUUGAAGGGGAGCAAUGGAGUGGAUUGUGAGGGCUGUGGUGAUUACAGGUUUCGGCCAUGUGAGGUCUGUUGGGGGAGCUGUAAGGUGUUUGUGGAGGGGGAAGAAGAUGAAAUUGGUGGUGGGUUUAGGAGAUGCAUGAAUUGUAAUGAGAAUGGGCUGGUUCGAUGCCCUCAUUGUUCUUGAGCAUCGAUUGUUGCUGAUUGUACAGUGAGGGUUUUCAUGAAUUCCAGGAAAA